AUGAAUACGAUUCUAUCAAUCUAUAACUGGGUAGAUCUUUAUNGAGAGAUUCCCAUUAAUCUCACUCGUUGUUCAGAACUCAGGACUCUUGACUUGGUCAUGAAUAAGCUGGAAGGGACAAUUCCUUCUGAACUAGGAAUUCUGUUGAAAUUAACAGGACUAGGACUUGCCGUCAACAAUCUAACUGGACCCAUCCCUCGGUCACUUUCAAACCUCUCGUCUCUAAAGCAGCUUUCUCUGUCAGAGAACAGUCUCAGCGGCAAUAUCCCUGUUGAGCUCGGCCGGCUGAAGAGGCUCAACAUGUUUCAAAUAUCGGCAAAUAAGUUCUUAACAGGUCCAAUCCCAACCCAGCUCUUCAAUAUCUCUUCUAUGGAGUACUUUGGUGUGGCGGAAAACCAACUUGUUGGAGAAAUCCCACAUUACAUUGGACUAACACUUCCUAAUAUCCGUGUACUUCUCUUUGGGAUUAAUAGGUUUACAGGGGCAAUACCUCAUUCAAUAUCUAAUGCAAGUAAACUUGAAAAGCUAGAUUUUUCACAGAACUUUUUUACUGGCUCAAUACCUGUAAAUCUAGGAAGAUUGAAAAAUCUGAUCAGGCUCAACUUUGCUGUAAAUAACCUCGGAACCGGGGAGGGUGAUGACCUUAGCUUUCUCACCUCUUUAGUUAACUGUACCCACUUAGAAGUACUCAGCCUAAGCAAUAAUAGCCUACGUGGGAAAUUGCCGGAUUCUAUUGCUAAUUUCUCAUCCCAACUUACCUAUUUAUACAUGGGAGAGAACCGGAUAUCUGGUAACAUCCCAACAGGCAUUGGAAAUCUGAAAAAUUUGAUCUCAAUAGGCAUCGAGAAGAAUCUUCUCACAGGAGGCAUUCCAAUAUCUAUGGGAUAUCUCUCGAACCUGCAAAUCUUGUCCUUGUUUGGAAACAGUUUUUCAGGUGAAAUUCCUUCAUCCCUUGGAAAUUUAACUUACUUGAUAGAACUCAGUUUAGAUGAAAAUUUCAUACAGGGAAGCAUACCUUCAACUCUAGGGAAUUGCCAACUACUACAGAGUUUAGGUCUCUCAGAAAACAACCUGUCUGGAGAUAUACCAUUUCAAGUUAUUGGCCUACCUUCCUUAUCAGAAUGGUUGGACUUGUCUCGCAAUCAUCUAACUGGGUCCAUACCCUCAGUAAUUGGUAACCUGAAAAAUAUUCGACUAUUAGACUUGUCACAGAAUAAAUUAUCAGGUGAAAUUCCAAGUUCCUUUGCAAAUUGUAUUGGCCUCGAGCGCCUACAUCUGAGAGAUAAUUCCUUUCAAGGACAAAUCCCCCCGUCUUUAAGUUCCUUAAAAGGUCUUCAAGACCUUGACAUUUCGCGGAACAACUUUACGGGAAAAAUCCCCAAUUUUUUGGAGACAUUUCUGUUUUUGCGAACGUUAAACCUGUCCUUCAAUAAUCUUGAGGGUGAGGUACCAAAAGAAGGCAUCUUUAAAAAUGCAAGUGCAAUUUCAGUCACAGGAAAUGCUAAGCUUUGCGGUGGAAUCCCAGAAUUGAAUCUGCAUAGUUGCCCAUCCAAUGGCUCCAGGAAAUUCUGGCAACGAUCCACUUUCAAAAUAAUAAUUGUAACAGCUUCUUUGGCUACCUGUUUACUUUUAACAUGCUUUGUGAUAGUCUGUUGGAGGAGAAAAGGAAGAAGAAAAGCUUUGCUUGAUUCUCCUAUGGAGGAUAAGUAUGUGAGGAUUUCUUAUGCAGAGCUCUUGAAAGCAACAGAAAGGUUCUCCUCCGCCAAUUUGAUAGGCAGUGGGGGUUAUGGUUUCGUGUAUAAAGGCAGCCUAGGCCGUGAGGAAACACCUGUUGCAGUGAAGGUACUAGAUCUUCAACAAAGGGGAGCUUCAAAAAGCUUCACUGCUGAAUGUGACGCCUUGAGGUGCAUUCGACAUCGCAAUCUUGUGAAAAUAAUCACUUCUUGCUCAAGUCUAGAUAACAAAGGCAAUGAAUUCAAGGCUUUGGUUUAUGAGUUCAUGUCUAAUGGGAGUUUAGAAGAGUGGUUACAUCAAAAUAAUGAAUUGGAAAAUCCGAGGCCAGAUCUGAAUUUGAUGCAAAUGCUGAGCAUCGCCAUUGAUGUAGCGAAUACAUUGGAGUAUCUCCACCACCAUUGCCACACACGCAUUGUUCAUUGUGAUCUUAAGCCAAGCAAUGUGCUACUUGACAAUGACAUGGUUGCCCAUGUUGGUGACUUUGGGUUAGCAAGGCUACUUUAUGAUAACCCUCCUCAAGACCCAACCAGCUCAAGUAGGUUAAAGGGCUCCAUCGGUUUCGUCUCUCCAGGUAACACCAACUCUUUUCUUAGAAUCUUGUUAAGGCUGCAUUUGGUUCUUGAAAAGGGUAACAGAAGAUUAAAAGAACCAAAGUAUGGAUUAUCUGGUGAGGUUUCAACAUAUGGAGAUGUGUAUAGCUUCGGCAUCCUAUUGCUGGAAAUGUUCACUGGAAGGAGACCAACUGAUGACAUGUUCAGGGAAGGCCUUAACCUUCAUAGCUUUGUAAAGAUGUCAAUGCCAGAUCAAGUAGCUGAAAUUGUCGACUCAACAAUUCUGGAAGAAGCACUUCAAAUCCAAGUUUGCAGAGGUAUAUUGCAACCAACUUUACAAGGCAAAAUUCACGAGAUUCUAGUCUCAAUAUUGAAAUUAGCCCUCCAGUGCUCCGCAGAAUUGCCAAGUGAAAGAAAGCAGAUCAAAGAUGUCACCGUGGAAUUGCAAGAAUUCCAAAAAUCAUUUCUGGCUUUCAGGCUAUAA